AAAGAGAUAAUUGCACAACAACGUUGAGUGGCAGAGUGCACACUUUGGGUCAUUCAUCAGCCUAACAUCAAAUUCGAGUGAAGUCAACGCUGUGGCAUAUUUGUCGAAAUUGUCAUUUGGAGUGUGUGUUUUUUUUUCGAAAUCAGUUAGAAAAUAGCCACUAAUCCGCGUGAAUGAGUUGGCGAGUUGAGCGGAAAGAUUUGCUUGUUGUUGUCUUGUGGCAAUUUUAAUUAACGUGAAUUAUUUGAGAAUUGUGCGACAGUGAAAUUCGUGAGAACAAUGGAGAAAAUUCGAUAUCGGUUUAUUGCCUGCUUUGUGGUGCUUUUGAGCGCUCUACUACAAACAUGCCAGUCUCAGCAAAACACUCUCUUUAACCAAUCGCCCUUUCAACGAAAUCCACAAAAUUUUCAACGCCAGCAGCUAAGGCAGCGUCAACAAUUGCAGCUGCAACAAGCCCAGCAACAACCGCUGUUCCCGAACACUCCAUUGGGCACAAUUAAUCCCCUGCAACCCAUAUCGCCGCUGUUAUCACAGGGUGUCUAUCGCAACUAUAAUCAAAAUUUUGUUCCCAUAACAGCGUACCAAAAUGAGCUCAACUAUGAUGGCAGUUUUCAAUAUGGCUAUGCUGCGGGAGAUGGUACCACCGCUCAAGCUCAGGGUUAUGUUAAGAAUUUAGGUUUAGGCGAGGCAGUGGAAGCGCAAGUGGUUCAAGGCUCAUACUCGUACACUUCACCCGAAGGAACUCCAAUAACUGUGCGUUAUAUAGCCGAUGAAAAUGGUUUCCGUGCGGAGGGAGCCCAUAUACCUACACCGCCUCCUAUUCCCGAUGCUAUUGCUAAAUCUUUGCAAUUUAUUGCCAGCACCCAGCCCUAUCAGGAUGGCCAAAUUAGUCCCAAUCUGAAUCCCUAUCAAACUCCCUUCCGUCAGUUCUCCAAUGUUCUGAGGCCAGGACAAACUCAGUUGACACCUUUGCAAUUGCAACAACAGCAAAGAUUCUUGCAGCAGCAACAAAAUUCUGGACAAUAUCAGCCAGAAUCACAGUUUGGCUUUCCCCAAUCACCGCUCACACCAGGUGGCAAUCAGUUUCAAACAUCAUUACAGGGUAACUCGCAAGGUAAUUUUCUACAGCAACAGAAUCUUCAUCAGCAGCAACAACAAUUGAACAAGCAGCAGCAGCAACAAAAUGACCAACAACAUCAGCAGCAGCAGCAACAACAACAACAACAGCAGCAGUUAGCCACACAAGAGCUUCGGGCACGACCCAAUCAAUUGGUGAAUCCUUUUGGCUACAAUCCCUAUAGGCGAUUUAAGAAGUCGGUGACAAAAUUAACCGCAAAAAAAGAAUAGUCAACUGGAACCCGCCCCCUAAGGUUUUUGCAAAGACGUCCCCAUAUGUUUGUAUGUCUGUUCAUGUGUUUUGAUUUAUCACAUCAACAACUAUAUAUACAGAAUAUAUGUUGUGUUGUUUGUAAUCUCUAGAAGAUAAGUUUUUCAUCGAUAUUAUAGAAUUAAGUCCUAGGACAUAUCAUCAAUGAAUCGCAUGAAAUACAUGUAAC